AUCUCUUACAUAUUUUCUUUCUAUCCCCUUUCCCCGAUCCUUUCUACCAAACUUGAGUGAUUCUAGCCAAAUUCAGUUUUCGUUCACUCUUUGCUUUAUUUAAUACUCUUUUUAUAGCUCUCUCUUGCUGCUCUAUUAGAAGGCGUCAUUUUAUUGAGUGUCAAUUAAUAUACAGAAACCUGUGAUACUCAAAGCUCAAGUUGUGUAAAGACCACAUCUCAUUGAGAAUUUGCAGGAGACAACACAUCAUGGAUGAUUCGGAAGGGAAAGUAUCUGUGAGCAUCCUGGAACAACGCCCAGAUUGGAGUACAGUAAUCGACCCGACGGUAACACAAAUGUCGUUGAGGAACGAUGGAGUACGAGGAGCUCCGAAGGAAAGCUUGAGUAAAGUAUUAAUGGAGAUUGUGGAGCAAGAGGGGUUCCAACCAAUGUGGAAUAAGAUAAUUGUGUUGGCAUGUGUGAUUGCAGUGUCACUGGACCCUUUGUUCUUGUACAUUCCAACUAUCGAUCAGGAGCACAAGUGCUUUGAGUUGGACAAGAAGUUGAGGGUUUUGGCUCUAGUUUGGAGAUUUAUUUUUGACCUAAUUUACGUUAUGGAUAUCGUCUAUAACAUUGCCAAAGCUUACAAGGUGGAAAAAAGACGAGAGCCGCCAAAUUCGGAAAUUAAGAAAAUAGGUAUUCAUUUGGUUAAGAGUGGCAGGAUUUCUUGGAAUCUGAUCGUCGUAGACCUUCUUUCCAUUCUUCCCAUUCCACAGGUAGUAAUAUUGGUUCAGUUGACAAAACUGAGGGACAUGGGAUCUCUAGAAAUGAGGAAGUACCUGAACGUCAUUCUUUUCUCGCAAUACGUCCCAAGAGUUCUCCGAAUAUACCAAUCAUGUAAGGAACUUACUAUGAAUUCAGACAAACUCACCGGAAUCGUAUGGGUUAGGGGCCUGUUCAACCUUUUUCUCUACAUUCUUGCCAGUCAUGUAUUCGGAGCCUUCUGGUACUUCCUAUCUUUUCAACGAGAAACAGCAUGCUGGCACGAAGUUUGUGCAAAUACUCAAAACUGCCAACCUAGAAAUCACUGUGGCGUUGAAGAACCUUCUAGAUAUAUUAUUAUCGAAACUCUAAAUUCUUCUUGUCCAAUAAAACCAGAAAAUGCAGAUCGUUUCGAUUUUGGAAUAUUUCUUGAAGCCCUUCAAUCCGGUGUGCUGGCUCCAAAUAUUGAUUUUCCGCAAAAGUUAUUUCACUGUUUUUGGUGGGGCCUUCGGAAUAUGAGUUCGCUUGGCCAAAACCUCAAAACAAGUACGUACGUAUGGGAAACCAUGUUUGCAGUUUCAAUUUCUCUCUGUGGUUUGCUACUGUUCUUAUAUCUCAUUGGAAAUUUGCAGACGUACUUGCAGUUCGCAACCACAAGAUCAGAGGAGAUAAGAGAGAAGAUGAAACUGAAAGAACGAGACAUAGAAUUGUGGAUAAACAAAAAUGGCCUUUCCAAGCAUAUGAAGGGAUCGAUCAUGAAGAGUGUGAAAUACAAGUUGCAGGAAAACAAAGAUGUGGAUGUGGAGAAUCUGUUCUCAAUACUUCCCCUGGAAGAAAGGAAGUCUAUAAAGCGCCAACUCUGCAUCCCCACAAUAACCAAGGUUCCAAUGCUUGAAAACAUGAAUGAGCAAGUGUUAAAAGUGAUCUGCGACCACCUCAAGCCAGUGAUUUACACUGAGAAUAGUUACAUUAUUAGAGUGGGGGACCCAGUAGAUCGGAUGCUUUUCAUCACACAAGGCACUGCAUGGGAGUACUUCUUAAACGAGGUUGGGAUCAGUACUCAUAGUAUAAAUGAGAGUAAUAGUUGCUCAAGAUGUACUACUAGGCGCAUUAAAAAGGGAGAUUACUUUGGAGAAGAACUUGUGAAGUGGUCACUGACUCACACCACCAUUUCGGACUUCCCCAUCUCGACCAAGAAUCUCAAAUCGCACACCAAAGUUGAAGCUUUUGCUCUCAUGGCCAACGACUUGAUGAAUGCACUCCGCACACAUUGGUGGCUUUUCAGGCGGAGCCUCACGCCCGACUCCACUAAUUCUUGUGCCGAGCAGUGGGAGGCCUUGGCGCUUCAAGCCAUACAAACAAUUCGACGCCGUAAUCAGCUGGGAAAGAAGCCUUCAAGCUCUCCAAAUUUGGCUGAUAAGGAUGACAAAAAGUGGAAAAGAUUUAGGCAUGGACUUUUACACUACUAGUGUCAUACGUACUAUUAUUGUUUAAAUUUUUGGUACCAUAAGGUUUAGACUAUGAUCAAGACCAUCAAGUUACCUGGAGUUUGAUAUACAUUGGAUUUUGUUGAGUGUGUUUUGCUUAAGUU